UCCCCCUGAGUGGGUGCCCAUCAUCAGGUGUGACAUGAUGACCCAGAGGAAGAUGAAGGCUCAGCCCCCACUCUCCGACGCCUAUUUGCAAGGAAUGCCAGCAAAACGCAGAAAGACGGGACAAGGGAGUGCAGGCCUCCUCUCCCUGACUGAUGCAGUGAACCAAGCAGUCAGAACAACCGGGGUAAGGCCCAUCACCUCUGCUGAGGGACUGCAGGACGAUCUGGAGACCAAUGACACAAAGGAAGCGUACUCGGAACAGGUCAAAGCUGACAUCAAGAAAAGGGUCAGAGAAGACCCAGACUUUGACUCCCAGCAGUUUCCCAAUGCGCACAGAGCUUUCUCAUCAGACUUCCAAUAAAGCUGUCAAGAGAUCUCUGGCCGUUUUAUCUGUGUUUUUGCUUGGAUUAUUAUUGAAUAGCACCUGAUACCAUGUCAAACUGUUAGACACGCUAUAAUACUAUUUUACCGAAUAACAUGUGGCUGCUUCUUCAGUGCCUAUUUAUUAUUAUUAGUUAAUUUAUGAUGAAAGGCAACAGUCAGGUUGUUUGUACAACAAUAAAGGAAACCCUGGGAUACAGGGAGGUAAACGCAGAUCCACUGAAGAGAGCAGGCAAAAAAAUAAAUAAAUAAAUAAAUGUAUGAGUUUCUUUAAAAAGUGUUCAAUUAAACUGAAGUUGGACUGUAUUUGCUGAUUGUAUUUAGACUUCAUGCUUGUGUACUUAUGCAACAUCCUGUCAAAAUCUUGCAAAAGUAUACCUGUGAUUAAUGCUGUACAGUAAGACAAAUAAAAACCUCAACACAA